AUGGAGCACUCGCACUCGGACCACAGUCACGACCACGACCAUGAUCACAGUCACGGCCACGGCCACGGCCACAGCCACGAGCAAAAGAUCGAUGGAGACGAGGCCGUCCGCCGCUUUACACAGAGCCGCGCCCGCACACCGACGCCGAGCGAAGAACAGCAGCUGCGUGAACAUGGCCACACGCACGAGCACAUGGAACACGCGGGUGUGUUCUACGAGCGCGAUGCAGCCAAGUCUGGGCGGGAUUGGACGCAGCGCGCGUUCACUGUGGGCAUCGGCGGACCCGUAGGCAGCGGCAAGACGGCACUGAUGCUGGCGCUGUGUCGCGCACUCAAGGACAAGUACAGUCUCGCCGCCGUGACCAACGACAUCUUCACGCGCGAGGACGGCGAGUUUCUCGUGCGGCACGACGCGCUGCCCGAGGAGCGUAUACGCGCUAUUGAAACGGGUGGCUGUCCGCACGCAGCCAUCCGAGAAGACAUUUCGGCCAACUUGCAGGCGUGCGAGGAUCUGACUGACGAGUUUGGUGCUCAGCUGCUGCUGGUGGAGUCGGGUGGAGACAAUUUGGCCGCUAACUUCAGCCGCGAGCUGGCGGACUAUAUCAUUUACGUCAUCGACGUGGCCGGAGGCGACAAGGUGCCACGUAAGGGCGGUCCAGGCAUCACCCAAGCAGACCUGUUGGUGAUUAAUAAGACCGAUCUCGCCCCCCACGUCGGUGCAGAUUUGGACGUAAUGGACCACGAUGCGAAGCGAAUGCGUGGCGAGGGACCGACAGUGUUCUCGCAGAUCAACCAGAGCAAGGGCGUCGAAGAGAUCAUCGAACACAUGGUCAAGGCGUGGAAGGCGAUCGUGUAA